AUGGAGAAGAAGCAGGCGAGCUACGGGAAGGGCGCGGCCAGGAUGGCGCCGAUGGAGGUGUCGGUGGAGGCCGGGAACGGCAGGGAGUCCGACUGGCUUGACGACGACGGGCGCCCGCGUCGGUCGGGCACGGUGUGGACGGCGAGCGCCCACAUCAUCACCGCCGUCAUCGGCUCGGGCGUCCUCUCGCUGGCGUGGGCCAUCGCCCAGCUCGGCUGGGUGGCGGGCCCCGCCAUCAUGCUCCUGUUCGCGCUCGUCAUCUACUACACCUCCACGCUCCUCGCCGAGUGCUACCGCUCCGGCGACCCGGAGACCGGCAAGCGCAACUACACCUACAUGGACGCCGUCCGCUCCUACCUCCCGGGCACCAAGGUGAAGCUCUGCGGCGUCAUCCAGUACGCCAACCUCGUCGGCGUCGCCAUCGGCUACACCAUCGCCGCCUCCAUCAGCAUGCGGGCGAUCGGGAGGGCGGACUGCUUCCAUUACCACGACGUCAGGGGCCGCAGCGGGAAGGACGAGUGCAAGAGCUCCAGCAACCCGUACAUGAUCGUCUUCGGGGUCGUGCAGAUCCUCUUCUCGCAGAUACCGGACUUCGACCAGAUAUGGUGGCUCUCCAUCGUCGCCGCCGUCAUGUCCUUCACCUACUCCACCAUCGGGCUCGGCCUCGGCAUCGCGCAGACCGUCGCCAACGGUGGCAUCCAGGGCAGCCUCACCGGCCUCAGCGUCGGCCCGGGCGUGACCUCCAUGCAGAAGGUGUGGCGCAGCCUUCAGGCCUUCGGCAACAUCUACUCCUACUCCAUCAUCCUCAUCGAAAUCCAGGACACGGUGAAGGCGCCGCCGCCGUCGGAGGCGAAGGUGAUGAAGAAGGCUACGGGGAUAAGCGUGGCGACGACGACGGUGUUCUACAUGCUGUGCGGGUGCAUGGGGUACGCGGCGUUCGGCGACGCUGCGCCCGACAACCUCCUCACGGGGUUCGGCUUCUACGAGCCCUUCUGGCUGCUGGACGUCGCCAACGCCGCCAUCGUGCUGCACCUCGUCGGCGCCUACCAGGUCUUCUGCCAGCCCCUCUUCGCCUUCGUCGAGAAGUGGGCGGCGGCGAGGUGGCCCGACAGCGCCUUCAUCGCCCGGGAGCUCCGCGUGGGACCCUUCGCCAUCAGCGUCUUCCGGCUCACCUGGCGCACGGCCUUCGUCUGCCUCACCACCGUCGUCUCCAUGCUGCUCCCCUUCUUCGGCGACGUCGUGGGGCUCCUCGGCGCCGUCGCGUUCUGGCCGCUCACCGUCUACUUCCCCGUCGAGAUGUACAUCGUGCAGCGCGGCGUGCGACGGGGGAGCACGCGGUGGGUUUGCCUCAAGAUGCUCAGCGCCGCCUGCCUCGUCGUGUCCGUCGCCGCCGCGGCCGGGUCCAUAGCCGACGUCAUCGGCGAGCUCAAGGAGUACCGGCCGUUCAGCGGCUGA